UAUAUCAUUGGAAGCAAACUAAUUCACAUUCAUUUCAAAAUGGGUUAUAGAUACUUCAUGAGUUUCUUGUUGGCUUUAUGCCUCUCUUGUCCUCACAACGUUUUGGUUGCUCAAAAUUUGCCAUACAAAGCUGUGAAUCUAGGAAACUGGCUGGUUACUGAGGGGUGGAUGCAAGAACCCUCUCUGUUUGAUGGAAUUGUCAACAAAGAUCUCUUGGAUGGAACUCAAGUGCAACUUAAGUCAACAAAGUUUAACAAGUAUCUCGCCUCUGAAGAUGGGGGUGGAACUGCUGUUGUGGCCAACCGUGAUUCAGCUUCAGGUUGGGAAACAUUCAAGCUUUGGAGGGUCAGUUACUCAUCCUUCAAUUUGAGAGUGUUCAACAAGCAAUUUGUGGGGCUAGAAAAUCAAGGGAGUGGAAACAAAAUUGUGGCAGUUGCAAACUCACCUAGCGAGCCAGAAACAUUUGCGAUUAUAAGGAAUAAUGACGACCCCUUCAAAAUUCGAAUCAAAGCAUCAAACGGUCUGUUUUUACAGGUUCAAUCGGAGACAUCAGUGACUGCAGAUUAUGAAGGCACAAAUUGGGAUGAAAGUGACCCAUCAGUCUUUCGUAUGAAUAUUGUUCCAAACACCGCCUUACAAGGAGAGUACCAACUUACUAAUGGUUAUGGUCCUGAAAGAGCUCCUCAAAUCAUGAGGGAUCACUGGAGUACAUACAUAACUGAAGAUGAUUUCAGAUUCAUGUCAGAGAAUGGCUUAAAUGCUGUGAGAAUACCUGUUGGAUGGUGGAUAGCUAAAGAUCCAAACCCACCUAAGCCUUUUGUUGGAGGAUCAUUGGCAGCAUUGGACAAUGCUUUCAUUUGGGCACAAAACCAUGGGAUUAAAGUGAUCAUAGACUUGCAUGCAGUAGAAGGUUCACAGAAUGGCAAUGACCACAGUGGCACAAGAGAUGGAUAUACAGAAUGGGGAGAUUCAUACAUACCAAACACAGUCCACGUCAUAGACUUCUUAGCAGAAAGAUAUGGUAACAGACCAAACUUAGGGGGCAUAGAGCUGAUGAACGAGCCACUUGGUGUGAAUCUAGAGAGCCUAAAGAAGUAUUACAAGGAAGCAUAUGAUGCUGUGAGAAAGCACAAUCCAAAUGCUUAUAUCAUCAUGUCAAACCCUUUGGAUGCAGAUUCUAAAGUGCUUCUCUCAUUUGUGGAAGGCUUUGACAAUGUAGUCAUUGAUGUGCAUUACUACAAUCUUUAUUCAAGUAAAUUCAGCAACAUGAAUGUUCAACAAAAUGUUGAAUACAUAAAAAAUGAACGAGCUUCAGAUCUUAAGGGUGUCUCCUCCUCAAAUGCUCAUAGUUUUGUUGGGGAGUGGACUGGUGAGUGGAGCAUAAAUGGUGCGACUAAAGAAGAUUACCAAAGUUAUGCCAAAGCACAAUUGGAAGUGUACUCUCGUGCAACUUUUGGAUGGGCCUAUUGGGCCUACAAGUGUAGGUAUGGCCAUUGGAGCCUCAAAUGGAUGAUUGAAAACGGUUACAUUAAGCUCUAGAUUUUGGAUCAAACUAACCUCUAGAUUUAUUGUGGACCCAAAAUGGAGCUUUGGGUUUUUCUUUUGUUGAAUAAAAGGGGCCUAAGUCCACAGGUUUAGCGAAAAAGAACAUUUUGUUUUACAUUUUUCUCUUGCAUUUUGUUUUACUUUUUGUUCUGUUUUCCUAUCUCCCCUUGUUUGUUGUCUUUCCCCAGAAUUUAUUUCAAUGGAGGACCCUCUAUUUUUAAGCA